GUUGGGAAGCUGCGCAGUGAGUUGGAAGUGGUGAAUGGGAACAUGAAGGUCAUGUCAGAGAUGCUGACGGAGCUGGUGCCCACCCAGGCCGAGCCUUCUGACCUGGAGCUGCUGCAAGAGCUGAAUCGGACAUGCAGAGCCAUGCAGCUGCGUGUUCUGGAGCUGAUUCCCCGUGUCCUCCAUGAACAACUCACUGAGGAGCUGCUCCUCAUCAAUGACAACCUUAACAACAUGUUUCUACGCUAUGAAAGGUUCGAGCGCCUCCGGACAGGACAGCCAGUUAAGGCACCAAAUGAGGCGGAGAACAGCUUGAUUGACCUGGGACCCAGUACUCCUUCUGCAGUGAGGCAGACUGAAGUCACCAACAACCUCUCUUCUCAGCUGGCUGGAAUGAACCUGGGCUCGAGCAGCGUAAGCGCGGGGCUGCACUCCCUUGACACCUCUGGCAAGCUGGAAGAAGAGUUUGACAUGUUUGCCCUGACCCGCGGCAGCUCGCUGGCUGAGCAGCGCAGAGAGGUGAAGUACGAAGAUCCCCAAGCCUCCAAAGGACUUGCUGGUGCCCUGGGUGCCCGGCAGCAGAACACAGGAACGGGGGAGUCUGGUGCCUCUAGUGAUGGAGCCCACCUGACUAAGUGGAUGAUGCGGCAAGGAAUGGUGCCGGUUCCCCAAGCCAAUUUCAUGGAAGACAUAGAAAAGUGGCUCUCCACUGAUGUUGGAGAGUCAGAGGAUGCAAAAGGGGUCACCAGUGAAGAGUUUGACAAGUUCUUGGAAGAGCGAGCAAAAGUUGCAGACCGGCUGCCCACCUUGUCCAGCUCCUCAUCAGGGACGUCCGUCUCCCCUCCUGCUGCCAGCCAUCAUCGGAAGCAAGCAAAGGAAGAUGAUGCUAUGUUUGCCUUGUGAAUGCUAUGGACU